GUCGUUUACGCGCUGCGAUUCGCCGCCGGGGUGGUUUUCAGUAGCAUUCGCCGGGCGGGGCGAAAUAGCAAAGAACGGAUCACUUUUCACUCCUGAACUUCAGGAUGGCGAUUCUGGACCGACUAGUGAGGACUUCUCGACUAUGGCGUUCAAUUUCGUCUCCUAAAACCCUAACUCCUUCUGCUUGCUCGCGCCGCAUUACCCGACCUUCCACUAACAGAUCUGCGUUUUCGUCUGAGGUUUUCAGUUCUAGAGGUCUACCUCAUGCUGCCGAACCGUAUUCGUUGUUUCCCCUUGUGUUAGCUGGUAUUUUUGGGGUUGGAGUUCUAGAAAUGGCAUACGCGGAUGCUAAUGAGUCUGCAGAUGAGGGUCGGAAAGAGCCUGCCAAGACUGAACCUUCCUCAUCAUCAGCCUUUCCUUCAAGUCAUGAGGAUUUGGAAGGAAUUGCCAAGAAAUUACGGUCCCAAAUAAUGCUGAAACUUGUAAAUAGAGGACUUUCAGCUGCUUCUCACCCUGAGUUCACUGUUUCUGUUAAAGGUCAAAAGGUCAGCACCAAGUUCCAAAUUCCUCCUGCAUGUGAAGUUUCCCAUCUUCUUGCCAAUCUCGUUUCCCAACUUGGCGUGAAGACUGAAGAGAAUGGGGGUGGUUCAGAUAUGUUAAUCCGUGCUUGGGACAGGUUUUCUUGUUCAUUUCCUAGAAUGCUGAUGCGUGUCAAUGGGUUAGUAAGUAAUCUUGAGUCAGGUAGAGAAAUAGAAGAUACAAUACUAUUAGCUUUACAAAGACCUGAAGUAUAUGAUGAUAUUGCUCGUCGGACUCGUCAUAAGUAUGAGACAACCAGGCCACGAGCUGUGCUCUUUGAAGGCCCACCAGGUACAGGGAAAACUUCUUGCGCUCGUGUUAUUGCUAGUCAAGCGGGUGUCCCAUUGCUGUAUGUACCACUGGAGGUAGUCAUGUCCAAAUACUAUGGUGAAAGCGAGCACUUGCUAGGAAAAGUUUUUGCUCUUGCAAAUGAACUUCCCAAGGGUGCUCUUAUUUUUCUGGAUGAGAUUGAUUCUUUUGCUGCUGCCCGUGAUGGUGAAAUGCAUGAAGCAACACGCAGGAUAUUAUCAGUCUUAUUGCGACAGAUUGAUGGCUUUGAGCAGGAUAAGAGAGUGAUUGUCAUUGGUGCUACAAACAGAAAGCAAGACCUUGAUCCAGCAUUAAUCAGUCGGUUUGAUACUAUGAUCACUUUUGACCUGCCUGAUCAUGAUAACCGCAAAGAAAUAGCAGCCAAAUAUGCCAAGCACCUUACAGAACCAGAGUUAGAUGAGCUUGCAAGAGUGACAGAAGGUAUGUCUGGAAGAGACAUUAGAGAUGUUUGUCUGCAAGCUGAAAGGUCCUGGGCAUCAAAGAUUAUUCGAGGAAAAGUAUCUAAAGACGGAGAUGAAACUUGUCUUCCACCUCUGCAAGAAUAUAUGGACAGUGGCUCCAACAGGCGAAAAGCCUUGCUUAGCGCUGCAACAAACCAGCAAUUCCGAAGUUCCUCUCCCAUUGGCAAAAGGAGCCAGCUAGAUAUGAUUUGACUUGGAGUGGGAAAAUGCUUUUUGGUUCCAAUCAUCGAUAUCUUUGUUUUUUCUUGUUUACAGUUAUAUGAUAUUAAUUUUUCCCCUUUCAUAGAUAGCUUGAUAGAAUCGCUAAAAUAAAAUGUGUUCCUUUCCGGCCAAGUAGUUAUUUUUCACCCAACUCUUGCUAACGUAGUCUGGGGCAUUGCUAGGUCUGUGCUCAAACAUCUAUUUAUACGCUCUAUGGAUUAUAUUUUAGGUAUAGCUAUCUAGAUGUAUGCUAAUAAGUACAGUAAUUAACAAUGGUAUACCAAGAUUUAUUCUGUUUGACUGUACACCACAGCCUUAAAGCUAUUGACGAGCGUGUAGCCGUGCACU